AGGGGCGCGCUAUUAUAAUAUAAUAAAAGGUAAAGGGGGCUGAGAAGCUGUUGCUUGCUGUCUACUUCGGGAGCCUUCACUGCCCCGUUCUGUAACCUCCCUUCUUUUGUUUUGUCCGUCCACGAGGCUGUAAAAAGAGAGAUAGGGGCGGCUAUCUAGCGGGAGUCGUUUCGGUUGUAUGCCACGAGGUCCCUAUGGACAAGGGGACAAGUGAAUCAUCGCUUUUGGGCGCAGGCAGCCCUCUACCAUCCAUCCCAUUGCAUUCCAUCGUCUCGUAUUGUACUGUACCGUAUCAGACCAGAUACAUCUAUUGAGUGAGAGAAAGGGAUCAAACUCGAAUUAUAUAUUCUUCAUUUUUAUAUUGAUAGGGAUCCCCAUUCAUUCCUAGAUUCCCGUCACUACGGAUUGAUUGUCCCUACCUAACUACAUGGUAGUGGUCUAGGGAGCGCAAUUGCUAGAGCACGGGAGAAUGAAGAGUAAUGAUUUCAGCAAGAGCAGCCGGACGGACUACUAUAGUGAGUCUAGUGACUACUAGAGUAGAGUUGAGUCAAAAGGUAUGGUAUAGCAGCCUUUCCGAGCGAGCCUCUGGGAUCUCCUGUAAACCCCCAUGAUGUGGUAAAGGGAGGAUAUUAGGGGAAGCAGUGAGUGGGGAUUCCCCUGCAGAGAGCCGGAUGAGGGGAGACCUUCACGUCCGGUUCGGAGGGCGGGGAUAUCCCGACCCUACUAUCAUUAUGCCUUUGCAAUGUUACUUGGUUCAACUCUAUUUGUGACCUUUUCUUGUAUGUGGGACUCUCUAUCUUCUUGGGUAGAUAAUCGAUCGUCUUUCAUUUUGAUAGUGAGUAGUUUUUAUAAUAAUAAGUCAAGUCAAAAAUAAUAAUCGAACUGGAGGAUCUUGCCAGGAUGGCUUGGUAAGCAAGCAACCAGGCGCCAACUCCCAGUUCUUUCUCUUCUCUCUUUUUUAGUUUAGUGACAGCUCAUCAAAACAAUUUGCUAGAUCGAGCACGCGACGCGCAUAGUCUUAAGUU